AUGCCUUCUCGGCCCGCCAUGGCGGAUUCACCACCAAAGGCCAAAGCAAUGUCCCAUCAAAGGCGACGGUUUUCUAUUUACCAGCGAGGUCAAGAAGUCACAGUUGGCCCAUUAGGCUUUGAUGUGCCGAUCAACGGUGACAAAACCGCCUUCCCAUCAGAUGAGGUCGACGAGGAAGAUCGUCUUAGUGGGGUAGAGUACCCGAGCUCGGACGACUACGAAAGGGAAGUGAAAAGGCGCAGGAUUGAGAGAAACGCUAGAGAUUAUCUUUGUGGUCGGAGACUGAACCUCUAUUCGACAACAUUGAGGGGUCCGCUAGAAAAGAGUUAUUGGGGACAAAAGGCCAAGGUUGUCGGAACUCCGCUGGAAAUCGUAGCUGAAGGGUUGAAAAAGGAUGUAAUACGGGGGCAGCGUCGGAGGUCGGAGGCUCUAGCAGAUAUACGUUCUUUGACAACGUCUCCCAAAGUCCCCAUUCGAAGGGACAAGGGCCAUCGAAUUACUCUCUCUCAAAAACUCUUGUCCCAACAGCGAAACGAAGAGCCAUCCAUAGUCGAUAGCCAGCCGUCGAUAGGGGUCACUUCCACACCGAUACAUUACCCAUCAAGCCCGCUACAAACUUCUAAAAAUGCUACACCUGAAACAGGGAAGUCAGCUCGUUUGUUAUUGGCGACCGCCGAUUCAGUGAGGACGACCAAAGUACGCUUGAAUAAGCACUCGCAGGAAGAAUCCAUUGUUCCAGCUACAUCGCCAAGAAACAAGCCAAAUCAGUUUACGCAAAUGUCCUCUCAGAGUAGUUUUAUAGAUCUCACGGGUGGGGGCGAGGCAUCCGGGCUACUAUUGGACGACGCUACCGUAUUUGAUAGCGAUUAUACUUCUCCAUUGGUCCAGAAAUUAAAACCUCAGGCAAAGACCCAAAUUAAUGGCAAAUCUAUUGCUAAGAACAAAGUGGAAAGAACCCGGAGUCGCUCUGCGGAAGCAGGAGCAUCUGAAUUGCGUUCAAGCCAAAUACAAGGACAUAGUACCCUCAAUAUUGACCUGGACAGACUCGGUCAAAUCAGCAAAGAGUUAGGGAUAGAUGACAGUGGGCUCUUGGACGAUACUACGAACUUCUUCCGGAAUGAAAUCGGGCCGAGACACGGACGUGAUCAAUCACCUGCAACCACCCUAAAGAUUUCACUGCCAAAGUUUGGUACGCGGAAUAGUCAUAAAGGUCAAGCUCCUACAAGCCCAACGGCGGAUGCUGCUCUUAGAAAGGCCUUGAAACCCGCGCCUGUUCAUAGGAGGCGGAGCGACCUCGGCCACAGUGUUUCUAUGAACGACAUGAUUGCACGAACAGCUGCAUCUUCUAAAAUCCUGCGUCGUCCGAAGCAACGGUCGUGCGAAGAUCAAGGAGUUCAAGAUCCAACCCCUCACAAACUUACUUCCAGUUUACCUUUGAAGAACUGCGAUAAAAGCUCGCCCCCUGUUGAGGAGCAACACGUAGGUACUGCUCAGAGGGAGCAGCCACCGGGUUUGAUGAACGCUUUGGCCCUCGAAGAGAUUCCAGACAAACCAGGAGAAGCAGGAGAUGAGGAUGAGGAUACGGAUAUGGUUCCUGAGAGCCCUAUCGAAAAAUCCAUGUCUAGUGAACCUAUGCCAGGGCUGCCGGAGACAGUAACCCAGCCUCCAAUGAGAUUAUCUCAGAUGCCAACACCUUUACCACCCAGCCCACUUGCUCUCCUCAGUCAUACCAAACAAGCGACGCCAAAUAUCCCGGAAACUGUGGUGGAAGAAGCCAUUGAAAAACCGCCUGUGGAUGUCGCUGUUAAAGAGAAUGAGCCUACUUUUCGUCCCGGCCCUAGGCCGAAAAAGUUUGGAACAAAGGCUAAGCUGGGCAGAUUGACAGCGCUCAAAAAUAGUAGCGUGGAGGAGGAGAAACCUCAAGUUUCUCUCCAUGAUAGGAAAAUUGCGACGCCCGUCUCCCGGCUCCGCCAAAAGAUGGCGGAAUUCUCACCCAUUUCCCCCAUGCCAAUGAUCAAUGACGUAUCGCCAAUGGCGGAAUCCCAGCCGACGCGUGAAAUCCAUAAAUCUGGCAUUAGACUACAGGAAAGAUUGAAAGACGGACAGCACAAAAGAUCCUCACAAUUGAGCUCGCCCCCGCCGUCUAGUCCACCGGAGGCUCGAGCUCCUGCAGUAACAACAGUUCCAUCCGAAGAGAGCUAUGUAGAGGUCCCUGCCACUUCCAAGGAAGCAACUACUGCUGAACCCUCGCCGACGACAGAUAACCCGGAAAUAAUCGCUUCAGGUGCUCCUCCUAGCCCACCCCAAGAACCUCGAGAAGCUGAGGAGGAGGAAUCGACUCUUGAGAUUUCAAGUAGUCGUUACCGAAAGAUCGAAGAGUCUUUAAAUAACGGUGUUUCUGAAGCUAUUCCUUUGGCUCUCGUUGAAGAGACUAUUAGCCAUAUUUCAGCAACGCAUCCCGAAUCGUCUGCAGGUAUCGCGGAUGCUAAUGAAACCGAAGUAUCUCUUAACCUUAACAAGGAAAUAUCAGAAAACCCUCCGGUCGAUAUAACCGAGAAGAUUCUCGAAUCGGUUCCUUCAACGGCUAUUCCGCCGAUAGACAAUGAUCCUGUAGGCCCCGGGGCCCCGGGUUUAGCACCAAUAGAAUCUUCCCCAAAACAAGUUCUCCCAACUGUCCCCAGGACACCUCCUGCCGGUACCCAAACCAGUCAUGUUUCGAUUCCGGAGAGCUUUAAGAAGGCGAUCGCUGCCCCAAUAAAUUAUAGAUUUACUUCUCCUGCUGCACCACUACCACCACCUUUUCUUCCAAGCACUGGCUUCACACCAAUAAACACAGAACAAGUCUUAUCUAGCCCUGGAUCAACAAAAAUAAUCAGCCCAGCGUCCAGUCGGGUUGACCUUACUCUAGGACCAUUCUUUACUACAGAGAACGACAUUGAAUUUACCCCCUUUCGUGCCAUACGAUCUCCCGAGCAACCCAAAAAAACCCGUACGCAAAGCCGCAGUAGCAUUGGCGACGCUAUCGGCGUUGAAGGCACAGAGCCAAUCAGCCCAUUUACUUUUAGUCAAUUUAUGAAACCAGUUGAAAGUCAGUAUCAAGUCAGCCCAGCGAAGGUGACCGGUGUUGCAGCUUUGGUAGAUGAUAAACCGUCAAGUUAUGAUUUGGAGAAUGUUUUAGGAGGUGUCGAGGACUUUUUGAUGAGCGAUGUGUACGAUGUGGAUGAAGAAGCGAAGAGAUUAUCUGAAAACCCUAGUUUUGGGGAGAGCGGAGGAAAUACAAAGAGCCCUCAGAAGGAAGAUUCAAAGAGGAAGAGUCAGAGAAGAUACUAA